AACCAACACACACGCGUAGAAGAAGAACGCGGCUGUGUUUUUUUCCUCCAGCUGCAUCGUUCGAUGUCACCAAGCAGCAUCCCGUUACUGCUUCCCUACAAUAACUUUAACCCAAUAUAUUAAAUCCCAUAUUUGAAGUAGUAAGAGUACGGAAUUUCUAUGCGUUUCAAACGGUAACAAAGAUGGCAAGAAGAGGCCGGCUGGUGUCCUGUAUAUGUUUUGGUCUGUUUGGCGUCCUGUGCUGGGUGUGGGUGUCCUUCGCGUCCUUCCCAGAUGAACAUGUCAUGGUGCCCUAUGAUGCAGUGGAGCAGGCACAUUUUAAGCCCCAGAGUGUUCUUGCAGACAUGGAGUUUGUCCCGGGGAGUUCGUACCGUGGACCUGGCAACCAAGACCAUCGCAGCAACAAGGAGUUGCCCAUUAUCCUGUGGUGGAGUGGAGUCUUAUUCCCACAUUUUCCCGGAGAUACUGAACGAAUUGACUGUGCCACAUCGUCCUGUCUGGCCACAAGUAACCACAAGGUCAAGCUGUACAAAAGGACAUCAUCCAUCAUUUUCUACGGGACGGACUUCCGGGCCUAUGAAGCACCGCUCCCGCGCCUCCGCCACCAAACGUGGGCUCUGUUCCAUGAGGAGUCCCCCAUGAAUAACUACCUCCUCUCGCAUGGGCCGGGCAUCAGAAUGUUUAACUACACCGCCACGUUCCGCCGGGAGUCCGACUACCCUUUGACCCUGCAGUGGCUGCCGUCUCUGAGCUACCUGCUGGAGCCGACGGUGGUGUCCCUGAAGGAGAAGAACCAGCUGAGGCUGAAAGGCUUGGCCCCCGUACUCUACAUGCAGUCUCACUGUGACGUACCCUCUGACAGAGACAGAUAUGUGCGAGAACUUAUGAAGUACAUUGAGGUGGAUUCCUAUGGCAAAUGUCUGAACAACAAAGUUCUGCCCGCACAUCUCGAAGACACGUCUACAGCCACCGGUGAGGAGGCUUCCUUCAUGAGAUUUGUGGGCCGCUACAAGUUCCACUUGGCAUUAGAGAACGGCCGCUGCACAGACUACAUGACUGAGAAGCUAUGGCGGCCCCUCCACCAAGGCUGCGUUCCCGUGUACCGGGGCUCUCCCGCUGUGGCAGACUGGAUGCCCAACAACCACUCGGUCAUCAUCAUCGACGACUUCCCGUCACCGAAAGCUCUGGCUGACUUCCUCAAGUUUCUAGAUGAGAAUGAUGAUGAAUAUGGCAAAUAUUUGGAGUUCAAAAACAUCCAGAGCGUCACUAAUGCUCGUUUGCUGGAGGCUUUGGAGACCCGCGAAUGGGGGGUGAAUGACAUGACCAAACCCAACUACUUGAAUGGAUUUGAGUGCUACGUGUGUGACCAGGAAAACACGCGGCUGGCCGCGGAGCGAGCCCAUAGAAAAGCCCCAAAGACAAACCCGUCUCCAAAACCAAAGAUGGCUACCAACGCUCACAUGGGAUGCCCUUUGCCCAGCCCAGGCUACGGAGAAGUACAAGACCUGCCUGCAGAUGAUGGAUGGUUGCAAAUGUGGCCUCAGGACUACUGGCAGAGUCUGGACCAAGCGGAGGGCCUAGAGUCUCUGAUAAGAGCCAACGAAUCGGAUCCUGCGCUGUUGUGGAAGCACAUCCAAAGAAUCGCAGUGAGCCGAGCUAGAGGCAAACACUGACGUUGGCCUUAAACAGGCCAAGGAGAAUGGAGGACAUCCAGGAGUCCAGAUGUGCUCCACAGACUUUUUUUUUUAUAAUGCGGGAACAAAGCAUGGCCCGUAUUUGCACCUGCGCCCUAAACUGCUUUUUUUUUUUAUUAUAUUAUUUGAUUCUCAUAAGCCAAAUAUUUUCAGUUCAAUCAUGCCACAGUGCUGAGUAUUAACUUUAAACUGUGUGUGGCAAAAUAUGCUCUGUAGGGGUGUUAUAAUUCUCAGGGGCGGACAUGUUUGCAUUGGAGUGAAGCCAAGCUUAAAUUCUGUGUGCCA